CCCUGCCUCCUUCCCUUCUCCCGAUCUGGCGGCGGCCGCUGCUUUGUGCGCACCAGACACGGAAGGGACGAUGUCCUCUACUGCGUCGCGCCCAUGUUGUUCGACAGAAUGACGCCCCGGGGAGCGGCCUCGUUCAACAGGCCGCUCGCCGGGUUUCUCGCGCCAGACGAUCCAGAAAAGCUCCUGCCUCUCUUUGCGGCCAAGUGCAGGCAGUACAUGGUCCUCGGCGCCGUCGAUUUCGCGUGCGCCUUGCGCGCGUGCAGGGGGAGCGGCAGGCGUUGGCCGCUUGUUCCGGAGAUCCAUGCAAAGGCGAUAAUCUGUGGGCUCUCGGGAUACCGGAUCAUCGGCAAUCUGCUGAUCGAUUUGUACGCGAAGAAAGGGUUUGUGCGACGGGCGAGGCGGGUGUUUGAGGAGCUUUCUGUCAGGGACAAUGUCUCGUGGGUUGCAGUGCUGUCAGGGUAUGCACAGAAUGGCCUUGGAGAAGAAGCUGUUAGGCUAUACCGCGAGAUGCAUCGGUCUGGGGUUGUUCCUACACCUUAUGUUCUGUCCAGCAUACUGAGUGCUUGCACCAAAACUGAGCUUUUUCAGCUAGGCCGGUUGAUCCAUGUCCAAGUUUACAAGCAAGGGUUCUUCUCUGAAACUUUUGUCGGGAAUGCGCUCAUCUCGCUCUACUUGCGGUGUCGAUCCUUUAGGCUGGCAGACAGGGUAUUCUGUGACAUGCUGUACUGCGACAGUGUGACAUUCAAUACACUGAUCUCAGGGCAUGCUCAGUGUGGGCAUGGUGACCGUGCUUUGGGGAUAUUUGAUGAGAUGCAGCUGUCAGGGUUGAGUCCUGAUUCUGUGACCAUUGCUAGUCUACUUGCAGCUUGUUCCGCUGUUGGGGAUCUACGUAAGGGCAAGCAGCUCCAUUCCUAUUUGUUGAAAGCAGGUAUGUCUUUGGACUACAUAAUGGAAGGCUCACUCCUUGACCUUUAUGUGAAAUCUGGUGACAUUGAAGAAGCCCUUCAGAUAUUUGAUUCAGGUGACAGGACAAAUGUAGUGCUAUGGAAUUUGAUGCUUGUGGCGUAUGGGCAGAUUGAUGAUUUAGCAAAGUCUUUCGAUAUCUUUUAUCGAAUGCUAGCUGCUGGUGUACGUCCUAACAAAUUCACUUAUCCAUGUAUGUUAAGGACAUGCACUCACACUGGAGAAAUUGGCCUUGGAGAGCAGAUUCAUUCGUUAACUAUAAAAAAUGGUUUCCAGUCUGAUAUGUAUGUUAGUGGUGUAUUGAUAGAUAUGUACUCCAAAUAUGGGUGGCUUGACAAAGCUCAGAGAAUUCUUGAUAUGAUUGAAGAAAAAGAUGUGGUCUCCUGGACGUCCAUGAUUGCUGGAUAUGUCCAACAUGAGUUUUGCAAGGAGGCCCUUGAAACAUUCAAAGAAAUGCAGGCAUGUGGAAUUUGGCCAGAUAACAUAGGGCUAGCAAGUGCCAUAAGUGCUUGUGCAGGAAUUAAAGCAGUGCAUCAGGGUUCGCAGAUUCACGCCCGGGUUUAUGUAUCAGGUUAUUCUGCAGAUGUUUCGAUUUGGAAUGGAUUGGUAUACCUUUAUGCACGAUGUGGAAUAAGCAAAGAAGCAUUCUCUUCAUUUGAGGCAAUUGAACAUAAAGAAGGAAUAACAUGGAAUGGAUUGAUAUCUGGCUUUGCACAAAGUGGUCUAUAUGAAGAAGCCCUCAAGGUAUUCAUGAAGAUGGAUCAAGCAGGUGCCAAGUAUAAUGUGUUUACAUUUGUAUCCUCUAUCAGUGCUUCAGCUAACCUUGCAGAUAUAAAACAAGGGAAGCAAAUACAUGCUAGAGUUAUUAAAACAGGUUACACCUCUGAAACUGAAAUUUCCAAUGCUUUGAUUUCACUAUAUGGGAAGUGUGGAAGCAUUGAGGAUGCCAAGAUGGAUUUUUUUGAAAUGACCAAGAGGAAUGAGGUGUCAUGGAAUACUAUUAUUACAUGUUGCUCACAGCAUGGACGUGGCCUAGAGGCUUUGGAUCUAUUUGAUCAAAUGAAGCAACAAGGUCUAAAACCAAGUGAUGUUACCUUCGUGGGCGUUUUAACUGCUUGCAGUCAUGUGGGUUUGGUAGAGGAGGGCCUUUGCUACUUCAAAUCCAUGUCUAAUGAGCACGGAAUUCAUCCAAGGCCUGAUCAUUAUGCUUGUGUUGUUGAUAUUCUGGGACGGGCUGGGCAACUUGACCGUGCAAAGAGAUUUGUUGAGGAAAUGCCAAUCCCUGCAGAUUCAAUGGUUUGGAGAACCCUUCUCAGUGCUUGUAAAGUACACAAAAACCUUGAAAUUGGAGAGUUUGCAGCCAAGCAUCUCCUGGAGUUGGAACCUCAUGAUUCAGCAUCAUAUGUUCUCCUUUCAAAUGCAUAUGCUGUUACCGGAAAGUGGGCCAGUAGAGAUCAGAUCAGAAAGAUAAUGAAAGACAGAGGAGUCAGAAAGGAACCAGGCCGUAGCUGGAUUGAAGUAAAGAAUGUAGUUCAUGCAUUCUUUGUUGGUGACCGGUUACACCCCUUGGCUGAUCAGAUAUACAAUUUUUUGUCUCACCUAAAUGAUAGGUUAUACAAAAUAGGGUACAAGCAAGAGAAUUAUCAUCUCUUUCAUGAAAAAGAGAAAGAAGGGAAAGACCCCACUGCUUUUGUCCAUAGUGAGAAGUUAGCAGUGGCUUUUGGAUUGAUGAGUUUGCCUUCUUGUAUGCCCCUUAGAGUGAUUAAGAACCUCCGUGUCUGUAACGACUGUCACACUUGGAUGAAGUUUACCUCUGGAGUCAUGGGAAGAGAAAUUGUAUUGCGAGAUGUGUACAGAUUUCACCAUUUUAACAAUGGCAGUUGUUCAUGUGGAGACUACUGGUGAGGCGUACUGAAGUCCCUGAAGUACGCUUCCCCAAGGUUGCCAUUUUUUCUCAUUCAAAUGAUAUUUUAAGAAAUUUACAUGUGAAGUACAGCUUUCUCAGCAUGAUAAUUGCAGAUCCAGGCAGCAACGCCAGACAACAAAAUAUACAGGAUUUUGGCUCAGGUGGAGGCGAUCUACGACUUUGUACUGCAUUGUAAGUGACCUUCCUUCAACACAUUUCUUCUUGUGCUGGAGCUGGGCCGAGUAACAGUCAGGGCUAGGCCCUGAAGAGAACUAUUGGGCGGCAUAGUUUCAUGCAGGAUCAGAAUCUCCGAGACUAACUCCUGCUUAUAUAUUCCUCUUGAUCUGGAUCUUGCAAUCAGGAUUUGACUCUAGAGAACUCAGUAACACCAGGAUUGGUGAAAGGCGCCGAAUAUAUAUGAAGUGCAUAAAGGAGACACAAAUGUACACUUUAAUGCAGAGGAAACUGAAAUCUGGCAUAUCUUGUAUGAAUUUGAUUUAAUAGUCUAAUAUAGAACCUUGCGGGGUCCAUAUGAAUUGGAUAUAUAAUGUGGACAGAGUAAUGAGUGCCGUGGGCUCUCCAAGUACUGCGGGUGUUCAUUUAGAUCCUAGGCUCUCCAACGUGAAACUGCACUUUUGGAUCCCAAAAGAUGUUGCUACAUUUUGUGUCAUUAGUCUUCAGUACAAUCUUGUGUAAGUGGGAAUUUCUUUAAUUGUAAUAGUGUCUCCUAGUUGAAUUCCUUUUGUUUUUCCUGUUGUGCAGAA